UUGAAGAAUGAAGAAAGCGAAAACGAACCAAAGAAAGCGCCGCCACCAGUUGGCAUCAAGAGUCCAACGCCCGGUCGUACGUACGGACUUCCCGAGCAACCGAAAUCGGUACUUCGUCGUGCUGCUCAGUACUCAGCUGGCAAGCCAUCGAAGCAUGACAAGAACAAGUUGAUGCGUUCAGAGGGCAUUAUCCCCAUCCAGGCUGGCUCCAACAAAUACGCAUCUCAACGAGGAAUGACCGGAUUUGGUGUUCCUCGAGAUGUCAUUGAUAAAGUGAAAUCACAAAAUUUGGCUGAAAUUACUGAUGAGGAGAAGAUCAAAAAGCUUAAAGCGUCCACAUGGCUACAGUCCGGAACAAACAAGUUCGCGUCUCAAAAAGGACAAACAGGAUUCGGUCGUCCUCGAGAUGUCAACUACCUAACGAAAGGUACCGGUGGUGCGAGUGAGGUUUCAGAGGAGAAGGCACGUGCCACAGACGGCAUUGUACCGCUCCAGUCUGGUACAAAUAAACUCGCAUCACAAGCCGGUAUGACCGGUAUGGGAAUGCCCAGGAUUGUGGAUGUGAGAAAGACGGUGGAACAAGAUCGUGAGAGUCAGGGUUUCAUCCAUCUUCAAAUGGGCACUAAUCGAUUCGCGAAUCAAUCCGGAAUGACCGGUUUCGGUAUGCCACGUCACAAUAUCACCAAAUACAAAGAUGAACAAAGAGGGGAGAUGCCUCACGAUGAAUCUGUCACAUCACGACAAACCACCGGAUGGAGAGAGGGUGCAUCCCAGGCUGGCAUGACAGGCUUUGGUGCGUUCAGAAAUAAUACGGUAACGAAUAUGCAAGCACAAGAGCAGCGCUCACAAGGCAUGAUUCCCUACCAGAUGGGUGUCAACUUCCUCGAUUCUCAGUCCGGUAAAACUGGAUUUGGUAUGCCUAGGCAGGUUUACACACCAUUCGUUGACGACAGUCAUGAGGAGCUACCACUGGAUAUGGCUCGUCGACCUGACGUACCGUUCUGGUCUGGACAAGAAACUGAAUUCGCUAAUCAGACCGGAAUGUCAGCUUUCGGAACCCCUCGCGACGUUCGUGGAGAGUAUGUUCGACGUAUGUGGUAA